AUGGCCAUCAACUCGGGCGGCGGCGGCAGCGGCGGAUCGAAGAGGCAAAAGGUGGAUGGGCUGGAUGACCAGUGCGAGGCGGAGGGUUCGGAUGCGAUCCCGUUGGACCGCAUCUCGGCGCUGCCGGACGAGCUGCGGCUGCGCGUCCUGACGCACCUCCCUCUCAAAGACGCCAUCCGCACGGGGGCGCUCGCUCGCGGGUGGCGCGACCUGUGGAGGGGCCGGUGGGCGCAUCGCGCCUCCCUCGAGGUGCACCUCCGCUCCCGCGACGACCUGCGGCGAGAGCUGGACGCGCUGGCGCGCGAGCCGCAGCCGCGCCGCCGACUCGACCGCUUCUCCCUCAACGUUGGAAUCUCCACUCUCAAGGCUUCGGAGUUCCGGCGCUUUCUCGACUACGCCGCCGAGUGCGGCGUCGAGGACCUCCACGUGGAGACGACGCGCAAGAGCCUGGUCGCGGGCGAGCUCAACUUCCACCUGCCGCUAUUGAGCCUGGCCCUUGCGUGCCUCUCGCUCUGCCACAUCAGCGUCUCCAGCAUGUUCCACAAGGGCGCCCGGUCAUUCCACGCUCUAGAGGUCAUCCGGCUCGAAUCGGUCUCCUUUCGCCCGAAGGCUUUCAAAAAAAUGAUGGCGCUGUGCCCCAACCUCCUCACUCUCGAUCUGCGCAGCUGCCGCUGUAACGGUUACGGUUGGGAGUUCGACAGGCUACCACCGAACCUGAGGAGUCUUGCAAUCGCUGGCUGUGAAAGGAUCACCAGUCUGGACUUCGUGCGUGUUCCUAGCCUGCGCUCCUUCCACUACGAGGGCCGCUUCUCCAACUUGCCUUUAUCCAUUCCACGCGAUGCCACGCUUUCUGAUCUUUAUAUUCAGUUAUUUGACUCAGAACCGAUGAAAGAAUGGAAUAUGGAUAACUUGAGGAAAUCUCUCCCGAAGGAUUUAUCCAGCCUCAACGUUCUCACCAUCUGUUACAAAGCCCUCAUGGGUGCAUCUGUCUUGUCAGCCGAUGGAGCCAGUGCCCAGUUGCCCAAUUUCAACUUACACAGUUUGAAAGAGCUACACCUACUCAUGUUUGAAAUGAAAGCUGUCAACCUUUCCAACUUGUAUCUGUUCCUCAAGAUCUUCCAAUGUCCUAAUCUGGAGAGGCUCUUUGUGCAGCUCCCGGCAUAUAGAUGUAAGCCCAUGGAAGGUUGUAUUGAUCAGGUGCUGGAAGAGCCACCGGAAGAUGGCUUAAACAACCUCGUCAUGGUAAAGGUCAUGAACUUCAACUGGAUCCCCACCGAGGUGCAGCUAGUGAGUUUUCUGUUGAGGAAAGCUAGCUCUCUGCAGAAACUGUUAAUAGUUUCUCGCAAUGUCACUCCAGUGGAUUUGCCCGGUGCACCAGAAGCGGACCUUUCGCUUCUCAAAGAAGCUUUGGUCAAUGGCAAGAUAAUGUUGACUACGUCUGACAAUGCAGCAACUCAGCCAUAUCAUGAGGCCUUUAUUGAGUCAUAG